CCGAGCCGAGCCGAGCCGAGCGCGGGAAGGCUCGAAGCGGGCGGCGGGGCUGGCGCGGUGAGAGCAAAGAUGUCUUCUGAGCAAAAGCCGAUGCGGUACGGCCACACCGAGGGACACACGGAUGUCUGCUUUGAUGACACUGGAAGCUGUAUUGUAACUUGUGGCAGUGAUGGAGAUGUUAGGAUUUGGGAAAACCUGGAUGAUGAUGAUCCAAAGUCCAUUAAUGUGGGAGAAAAGGCCUAUUCCUGCGCUCUAAAGAAUGGAAGACUGAUCACAGCAGUAUCGAACAAUACUGUUCAGAUACAUACAUUUCCUGAAGGAGCCCCAGAUGGCAUCCUUACUCGUUUCACCACGAAUGCAAACCACGUCAUCUUUAAUUGUGAUGGUACCAAAAUUGCUGCUGGAUCUAGUGACUUUAUGGUCAAAGUGGUGGAGGUGACUGAUAGCAGCAAGCAGAAAACAUUCCGAGGACACGACGCUCCUGUUUUAAGCCUGUCUUUUGACCCCAGGGAUGUUUAUCUGGCAUCGGCGAGCUGUGAUGGUUCUGUCAGAGUAUGGAAAAUAGCAGAUCAGACAUGCACAACAAGCUGGCCACUGCUGCAGAAAUGUAAUGAUGUGAUAAAUGCUAAAUCAAUUUGCAGGCUUGGCUGGCAACCUGGCAGUGGGAAGUUCCUGGCAAUUCCUGUAGAUAAAGUAGUUAAACUAUACAAAAGAGAAACCUGGGAUAGUCAGUUCAAUCUAUCGGAUACAUUCAUCACACAGCCCUUGAAUGUUGUGGCCUGGUCUCCUUGUGGGCAGUAUCUGGCAGCUGGAAGUGUGGAUGGGAGUAUAGUGGUGUGGAAUGUGGAAACCCAGGAGUGCAUAGAGAGGAUGAAGCAUGAGAAAAAUUACACAAUCUGUGGACUGGCAUGGCACCCCAAAUAUAGGCAAAUCGCUUAUACAGAUACUGAGGGAAAUCUGGGGCUGUUGGAAAAUGUCGGUGAUGGAAAGAAACCAAAUGACAAGGUUGCCAGUACAGUGACAAAAGACUACAAUGAUCUCUUUGAUGGAGAAGACGGUGACUAUUUAAAUGGAGAUAUGAUUGAGCCACAGUCUUCCCCAAAGGCUGGAGCUAAUGAAGAUGACGGUGAUGAUGAUGACCUUAUGCGAACUUCAGGCCAUCCGAGACGGGCAAUAAUUGAUGAUGAUGAUAACUCACUAGAUAUUGGGAUGAUAAAAGCUAAUGCCAAUCUUCUUGAAAAGGAAGAUGACGAUGAUGAUCAGACUGAUGGCUUUCCAGCUUUACCACCAUCAUCUACACAGCAGCCUUUCUAUGAUGGGCCAAUGCCAACCCCCAAGCAAAAGCCGUUCCAGUCUGGCUCCACUCCUGCACAUCUCAUGCAUCGUUUCAUGGUAUGGAAUUCUGUUGGUAUUAUUCGCUGUUACAAUGAUGAGCAAGACAAUGCUAUAGAUAUAGAAUUUCAUGAUACUUCCAUACAUCAUGCAACACACCUGCCGAACUCUCUGAAUCACACGAUGGCUGACCUCUCCACUGAAGCGAUUUUACUGGCCUGUGAGAGUACAGAGGAACUUGCAAGCAAGCUCCACUGCAUUCAUUUUAGCUCCUGGGAUGCAAACAAGGAGUGGACGGUAGAUAUGCCAAAGGACGAAGACAUUGAGGCCAUCUGUCUGGGUCAAGGCUGGGCUGCUUGUGCCACCAGUGCCUUGCUGGUUCGUGUGUUUACAGUUGGAGGAGUUCAGAAAGAGAUCUUCAGUCUCCCAGGUCCCGUGGUCUCUAUGGCAGGACACGGAGAGCAGUUGAUGAUUAUUUAUCAUAGAGGUACUGGGUUUGAUGGGGACCAGUGCCUCGGAGUACAGCUGAUGGAGCUAGGAAAAAAGAAAAAACAAAUUUUGCAUGGAGACCCUCUUUCUCUUACAAAGAAAUCCUAUUUGGUAUGGGUUGGAUUCUCCGCAGAAGGUACCCCGUGUUACGUGGAUUCUGAGGGAAUUGUGCGGAUGUUGAACCGAGGACUUGGGAAUACUUGGAUUCCAGUGUGUAACACGAGAGAGCAUUGCAAAGGAAAACUUGAUCAUUAUUGGGUAGUUGGCAUCCACGAAAAUCCCCAGCAGCUCAGGUGUAUUCCUUGUAAAGGAUCCCGAUUCCCUCCUACGCUACCACGACCUGCUGUGGCAAUAUUAUCUUUUAAACUUCCUUACUGUCAAGUUACAACAGAAAAGGGACAGAUGGAGGAGCAGUACUGGCGUUCUGUUGUAUUUCACAACCAUGUGGAUUACUUAUCAAAAAAUGGCUACGAGCUUGAUGAAAAUGCUAACAGUCAGUCAGUGAAAGAACAGCAAGAACUUUUAAUGAAGCUGUUUGCCCUUUCUUGUAAACUGGAGCGCGAAUUUCGUUGUGUGGAACUUGCUGACCUCAUGACACAAAACGUUGUGAAUUUAGCUAUCAAGUAUGCUUCUCGCUCUCGAAAACUAAAUUUAGCUCAGCGACUUAGUGAAAUGGCUGUAGAAAAAGCAAGUGAGUUGGCAACAGCACUGGAAGAUGAAGAGGAGGAAGAGGAUUUCCGAAAGCACUUGAACGCUGGUUACAGAAACUCUGCUAUGGAAUGGGGUCAGCUGCCAGUCAGAAAUGUUCAGUGGGACCAAGAAAUGGAAGAUGCAGAGGAAACUGAUGCCUGUGAGGAAGCAGAAGAAACAUCAGAAGUGCAUAAACAGAGGCCAAAUCCUUUCUCCAAAGGAGUCACUUCAGCGGAGGCGACUACUCCGAAGCCUGCUGUAAUUGCAUCAAGCAGCCAAGGACGAGUGAAUCCCUUUAAGGUGUCAUCUAACAAAAGGGACCCAGUGGUCCCCUCAGUGAAUGUUCUAGACACUAUGAGCAAAUACUCAAAGAAAACUUUGUCUAGCAAUCGAGCCGUAAACAAGCAGAACCCUCCAGUUAUAAAGCCUCUGAUUCCCAAACCCAAGUCCAAGCAGGCUUCAGCAGCCUCCUUCUUCCAGCCUCGUACAUCUAACUCUAGUGAAAAAACAGUGGAAGAAAGAGAAGAAAACACGGGAAACGAGUCCCAUGAUGUCAAAGUCACUGCACAGGAGAACACUGAAAACAGAAGGCCAAAGACAGGAUUCCAGAUGUGGCUGGAAGAGAACAGAGCAAACAUUUUGACAGAUAAUCCUGAUCUGAAUGAAGCAGAAGUAAUAAAAGAAGGCAUGAGUCGGUUUAGAAUGCUGUCGUCCGAAGAAAGAAUGGUGUGGACUGAGAAAGCAAAAGGAGGAACAGUCAAUGAUUUAACAGAAGAUAAAAAGCGAAAGUGUCCCGCAGCUGAUGAAGAUGAAGUGAAAAAGAAUCAGGAGCAAAAAUCGGAGGACUCAAAUUUAUCCAAAAAACCGAAACCUUUAGAUCAAUCUACAAAUGUCAGAUUGUCAGCUUUUGCGUUCAAGCAAAGCUAAGUAACGUGGUACCUUCUCAGCGUAUGUUUUCUGAAGACGUUAGGUGGCUCUGUAUUGAGAAAUUUGCUGCUGUCCUCAAAGAGCAGCAGCAAAAAGAGUGCCUUGCUCCAAAUAGCCUUUUAGAAAGUAUUUUAUUAUCAAUUCUUUUUAUUGAAUUAUCAAUUCUUAUCAAUUGACAAUUCAGAAAUGCUGAAUCUACUCUCCUGAUCUUUUUCAAGUUACCGGUGUAAAGCUCGAUAGCAAAAAUACUACUAAUGGACGUGUUACCUAGAAGCAGAGUUCCACACAGUGUUGUGUAACUGUGUGCCUCGAUACUUGUAAUAUUUGAUGCUAAAUACAGAUUAGUCAUUCUGGGGAGGAUAAACUUUGUACAAAAACUGUCCUACGGUUUUAGAGAACCAAAGUAAUGGCUCCUCUACCACUCCUUUCGCCUACUGCAAAUGCUGGUAAGAGAAAGAUGGUCAAGGAAAUGGGAAUGAGGGGAAAAUAGUUUAAGGUGGCGCUGAUGUUCAGCUGCAUUUCAACAUCCGUGGCUGUGACAGUGGCAGAGACCAGCCUUAUACGGGCAGGGAGAGAAAACCAGGACAAGAAGCUGAAUUAGGAACGUCAGGUGUGCAAAAAUGAGCCAUUCCAGACUGUGUGCAAGUGUACUUUCCCAGUCGGUGCCUCGUCAGGGUCCGGAACUUGAAAAAUCUCUAUACUCUUUUAUGUAAUGUUUAUUUUUAAAAAUAAAAUGUGAAUGUUUCUUUGUUUUAAGGUGGUGGUCUCCUUUGCAAUUUUUAUAAUUGAAGUAAACAGACUUCUACCUACGAGUCAUAAGGCAGUUGGAUUUACCUUCUCUGGAGAAAAGGCAGUAUGGCUAAUAAACGUAUUUGAAGCAAAAUCAAAUUUUGAAACUUUUUUUAAGAUAAGACUAGGCUGUUCUGAUGACGAGUUGAGCAUUUUGACUGUGGCGCGGGGAGAUGGGCUGGUGCGAACGAAUGGGCUUUCCUUUCAUCUACGUACGUGUUAUCCAUAGUCGAGCUGAGCUGCUUGUCAGGCACCGUUUCUGCAGGCCAAACGUGAGAAGUCAUCACCCUCUGCAGGAAGCAAGAUGUCUCCUCUUGGCUUCUGGGGAUGUUCUGUGUCUCCAGUUUCCACGGCAAACCUGAUCCAUCCUCGGGAUAGCUCCGCUGGUGUUGGUUAGGGACCCAUCGGUUCUCCAGGGCUUCUGCUGUGUCCCUCACUGAGGAUUUGCAUCCACCUAAGGAGUGAGCAAUGCCAUCAGACUCAAACAAAGAUUUGCUUUACAAACCUGGUGUAAGUCACUUUCCUGGACAUAGUGCUGUGUCUCUGACCUCUGCGGUUGUCACCAGCUCCAACGUUGCGCACAGCUGGGGCAGCUUGGUUACUCCAGCUGGGAGAGUUUCUCACCUUGCAGGCAGCAAAAGAAAGAACAAUUUUGGAGUGGAAAAGUCAAGAAGGCUCAACCAGCUUGGAUGCUUGGGGUGGACAAAGGAGACCCUGUGUUUGGAGAAAACAUAUUCUGGCUGUGAAACGCACCUUGACUUCUUUCCAAAGAACUUAACUGUAUUGGUCAUGGAGUGACUCAACUUGGUGGUCCUGGCUGGCUAGUCCAAGGAGAAGACAACAGCAGUGAGAACUGUCGAUGAGAAGGUUGGGUGUCUCAUGCAGUAGAGUUUUAUGAUGGAAAACAGCAGACCUGGCUUCUUUUCUCUUCUCCUGGCUGAUGUGCUGCUGUAUAAGAGCAAUAGUAAUUAAUUUACUUAAAGGAAGGCAAAACACGAAUACUGACCUAGGCUGUGAAAAGAGCCACUUGAUGCUGGACUCAAUUGGAUGUGAAUUGCAGAGGAAAUUUGCGGGAAUAGUUUCAAGCCGCGUGUUGCCAGGGAACGAUCCUGUCUACAAAUCACAUUAUCGAUCCUGGGGGUAAUAAUGGUGAGAAGCAACCAAGGGGAGCGAUGUGGAGACACAGCUGGUAUCCCUGUCUGCCCGGUGCAGGAAUCCAAAGCCGCCCUUGGUUUAGGAAUGGGCUGGAGGAACCUACAGGUCGCCCUAGCCAAUGUCAGAUAGCUCCCGUCGGUAAUGGGGCACAGGUCCAUGGGAGCCUGGAGACUUGUGUUAUACUGCUGUUUUCACAUUCUUAAAAGCAUAAAUAUGAAUUUACCUCUUACAGCCUGGGCCCUCCCUCUGAAGUUUUCCAAAUUUCAGGAAGCAAAAGUGUGAGGAGUCCGUUGGUGUGAGAUCCUGUGUCCUUGCCCUGUGAAGCCACAAAGGGAAAGCCGGGGCAGGGCAAAACUGCCUUUUUCAUUCCCAGUGUCAGCUCUAAGAUGUGAGACCUCACCAGGGAAGAUAAAAUGCAGAUCGCAUCUGCAGAAGCCCCCUCAGACCUUGGGGAUCCUCUCUUUACAGAGCAACACAUCCACCUGUAAGAGAUUGGUAUUUUAGGAGCCUGUAAUCAAUUUUGCUUGUUAUUCCGGGUAAUAGAAUUAAAUUGCUCGAUUCACUCUUUAAACUGACGCACUGUGAUUCCAGGGGCUGAUAAAUCCCAAGCUGUAUUUCCAGGGCAUGGAAAGGAUGGCAGUAGGCUGCGAUGUUGCUGUCCAUCGCCGCUGUGGACACAGCUAUUAUUUGAGGAUCAUGUUCAGGUCAGGUCACGUUCUGGCUUGAUGUUAAUAGCAGGAUCGAUCUGCAUCUACCCCCGGUAUCAAUACAGGCUGGGGGAUGAAGGGAUUGAGAGCAGACCUGCUGAGAAGGACUUGGGGUUACUGAUGGAUGAAAAACUGGACAUGAGGCAGCAAUGUGUGCUUGCGGCCCAGAAGGCUGAUCGAAUCCUGGGCUGCAUCAAAACAAGCACGGCCAGAAGGUCGAUGGAGGUGAUUCUGCCCCUCUACUCUGCUCUGGUGAGUCCCUACCUGGAGUACUGUGUCCAGCUCUGGAGCCCCCAGCACAGAAAAGAUGUGAAAACACCUGUUGGAGUGGGUCCAGAGGAGGGCCACAAAAAUGAUCAGAGGGCUGGAGCACCUCUCCUGUGAGGACAGGCGGAGACAGUUGGGGUUGUUCGUCUUGGAGAAGAGAGGGUUCCAGGGAAAUCUUAUUGUGGCCUUUCAGUACUUAAAGGGGCUUAUAAGAAAGAUGGGGACAAACUUUUUAGCAGGGCCUGGUUUUGAUAGCACAAGGGCUAAUGGUUUUAAACUAAAAGAGGGUGGUUUUUAGACUAGAUAUAAGGAAUACAUUUUUUACGAGGAUGUUGAAACACUGGAACAGGUAGCCCAGACAGGUGGUAGAUGCCCAUCCCUGGCAACAGGUUCGGUUGGACGGGGUUCUGAACCACCUGAUCUAGUUGAAGGUGUCCCUUCAUUGCAGGGGGGGAGUUGAACUAGAUGAUCUUUCCUGUCCCUUCCAACCCAAACUAUUCUAUGAUUAUCUGAUUCUGUAUUAAGUUGCUUGGUUUUGUGCACAACAUUUGUGAGCAUGGGGGAAACAGCCGAGUAACCUUCAUUCCUGGCUGAAAUGAUAUGCGUACCUGGUUGGAAUAAAUUAUCUCAGCUCCAUUAGAGUUGCAACACUAUACCAAUUUAUACCAGUUGAAACUUUUUAGGACUUCUUCCCAUUUCUACCAGGUUCUUUCUAAACUGUGCUGAAAUAGACCUCCCUCCAAAACUGUUUUAUGCCGUGUGCUCAGUUUAGUAGUUAAUAAUACGUGGAAUAACUCUGUGCUGAGUUAAUCCCAUGUGUUCCGCGGCUGAAGGCAUUCAGGAGAGGAACACUGGAGCAGGGGUUUCUGUGUGGUGGCAGCUGCGAUUGGGGGAACCUGGUCUGCACUAGCCCUGAGCUGCUGCUGCGGAGCUGGUCGCUGUGGGGAGAAGAUUAAGGUGGGGGAUUAGAUUUUGUCCCAUUGAAAACUGUUCUGCGUGGUGUUUUCUGUCACGGGGCUGUCUUCUGUAUUUUUGUUCUUGGCACAAAGCGAGAGACAGUUAUAAUAUGUUUUUUAAGAAAAACAUAUUAAGUUUUUUAGUGCUGGGGGCCUGAGAGCACCACCAGGCCUCACUGUCCCAGCCUACAGCCUCCCCUCACCCUGCCUAUGGCCCAGGGCCCUUAGUGAUCGCCCAGCCUGGCCUUGGCCUGUCCCUGUGCCCACAGCCCUGCCCAGCCACGGCACUGUGUCUGGCCCUGCUUCCCCUAACAAGGCCUGAUCCUCAGCCCCACCGACAGUCCCUGGGGAGGUACAGGGUGCCUGGGGCUGAUGCUGCCCACCUGCUGCCCCGUUGGUGCGGUGGGGCAGGCCAUGGCUGCCAGGCCCUGGGGAGCUGCUGGAGCCCUUGGCCCAGCGGUGCCCAAGCAGCAACAUUGGUGCACUCUUACGUCCUCAUACAUCUUAGAGUACUGCUAACCCAGAGGUACCUGCUAACCCAAGUGUGCUACCUGAGGAGGCUGUUGCAUACACAUGCUCUGGAGUCCACACGGCUUGUGAAUAAUGUGAUCCAUUAGUGUAGCUUUUCUAUUUAAAUCAAGUCAUUAUGUGCAAAAGAAAAACAUCAAAAGAUGGGAUGUUGAAACAUUUCUGUCUUUGGGUCAUAGAUACCUGUUUAUAAAAGUGCAGAGGUGUCCAGGGUACCUCUGGUAUAGGUUAGGAACAUAUGAAUGGAAAAAAGCCAUGUAUCUUGCAUAUUUAACAUUUCAUUCACAUUGUUACCAAAUUGCAGUUAGCAGGAAACGAUACAAAUCCAGAAGUGGGUAUUUUACCGUCAUUCACAUGUCAAAAACAAAUUUACAGUAAAUCUGAGUAACUGCAUUAGAGCCUUGUGUUUGAUGGAUCUCUCUUAAACUUGGCAGAGGAUGGGUCGAAAGGAGGGCCACCUGGGUGGGUUUUGUCCAUGAUUAU